UGAAAUGUCAAGUAAAUGUAUGGACGAGAGCCUGGAAGAGGGUUCCAGGCCACUCCAGCAUUAUUGUAUAACGCUGGGUGUGGGGCCUCUGUGGUGGUCCGAUGUGCCCCAUGCCGCAUUGUCUGUAUCUACAGUCAACACAGAGAGCCGCGGCGUGGGGAUCAAGCAGAGUCAGCUCUCUGUGAGCUCCCACAUUGUGCAAGAGGAUGAAUUGUUGAAAGCUGUAAGAAGUUGUGAAUCAUUACGCCUGACCUUUACGCUUCACUUAACAGAGAGUACAUCUGUUGAGUGGGAAACUGUAGUAUGGCGCCGCUGUCUUUACAUACGCGUACCAAGCUGCCUUCUACCAGAGGGUUCCAAGGAGGGUUUUGUUUCCCUUCUGGAAUAUGCCGAAGAAACACUACAUUGUACUAAUAUCAUUGUUUGUCUCCGUAAAGACAAAUCAGAUCGAGCUAUGCUGGUUCGUACCUUCAUGUUUUUGGGCUUCACAGUACUACCACCGACUCAUGCCUUGGUACCGCCAGGCAGUGACGCUGGUAAUCUCUACAUGCUCUAUGCCAUCGAGUAAUCGGCAAGCAGCUAGACUCCUCUCUCAAAUUUAACGCGCAGGUGCCAUUAUAACGAAGUUUAUGAUAGAAUUCAACAAAAUGGAUAUGUAAGAAAUUGAAUGGCCAGACUUUUGUUUUCAAUAUUUUUAAUUUGAUCUAUGAUCAUUACAAAAUGCAGUUUUACAUCUUGUGUGAAAAUUGCUGACCAGUAACUUUGAUUUUUUUUUUAUUUUAUGGUGAAAAUGACCAGUGAGAAACAAUUGACAUUUCGGAAUUUAUUAAAAUGCGAACAAAGAUAAUAUGUAUUGGAGUAUCACCUUAGCGUUAAAUUUAAGAGGUAUUUAGGAGAACGAAGAGAAAUUAUAGUCUCGUAUAUGUAGAGCGCGUACGUAACAGGCUUUUGAUGAAUGUAUCAAUUCAUUCUCUUGAACACAAUGUUAAUAACUCUCGUAAGAUCGUAUAAAUUGCUGACAAAGCUUCCCACGUAUUCUGAAGGAAUUUGAUGGUUAAAUGUUACACAUUAAAUAGUUAAUUGUGACAAAAAACCAUCAAAUUAUAGGAAAAAUUUAUUAUCGGUAAAUCUCUAUAUGUUAAUCGUGGCAGAUUGGGUAUCACCAUAUUUUUCUUUCUAAUAAGAUUCACUUUCUCUUACUUCUUAUAAUUAUUUCUAAGUAUUAUCGAUAUUAGUAAUUUUAUUAUUAUUAUUAUUAUAUAUAUAUUAUAUAUAUAUAUAUAUAUAUAUAUAUAUAUAUAUAUAUAUUAUAUAUAUAUGUACUUAGAUUUAAUAUUUGUUGUGCAGGCUCUAAAAAUUUUAUAUAUAUAUAUAUAUAUGAAUCUGAUUAUUUCGUAACUCCGAUUUCUAGAAAAUUAUUUUUGAAAAUUUCUGAAACUAUAGAUCGACAAAAUUGUUUGAUAUAUUCUUUGAGAAACAUGUUAUGUUAAUGUAAUAAAUGGUGUAAUUAUUCGCUUUAUUUCAUACACACGUAGUAUUUUGAGAAUAAUUUAUUUGACGUUGGAAGUUUAAUCGAUAACGAUUCAAUUGCAGUAGUUACUACUGCAAUGUAUUGAAAUAUCUGGAGUAUUAUAUCGAGUAUUUUUCUUUCUUUCUUUUUUUUUUGUCUAGUAUAAUAAGACAGACACAUACACACAGUACUUAUAACCAAAUUUAAAAAUUUUGACGUAGAACGAUCAUUAAAACCAAAUAUUUUGUUUUAAGUGAAGAUAAUAACAAAUUGCGUAAAGAGAGACCGUAUAUUAAAAUUCAAUAAUUCAAACUACUUUCUUUUUUUUCCUUAUCAUAGAGGUACUGCGACUUUGUAAUUGUUGUUAUUAUAAUUUAUAAUUUUUAUUAUAUCUAGGUAGUAUAUAUAUAUAUAUUGCAAGAUUUAUUAAUUUUUAAUCAUAUUAGAAUAUAAGCAAUAUUAUAUAUCUGGUAAUUCCCAAUCGAUUAACUUUGGAGAGUUCUUGCUAAUAAAUGUGUUCUUUAGUGUUGACUUGAUAACAGACAAAGUUGAAAAUGAAAAAAAAAUAUAUAUAUAUAAAAAAAAAAUACAAAAAAAAUGUAAAAUAUUAAAAAAUCAUAAAAAAUGUUCAUAGCUUAGUAGAAAUAUAUAUAUACAUAUAUAUAUAUAUAUAUAUAGAGAGAGAGAGAGAGAGAGAGAGAGAGAGAGAAAGAGAGAGGAAAAAAAGAGAGAGAAAAGAGAGGUAAGUGAAAAAUGACGGAUUAUUAUGUGUUAAAUUCAUUCAAAAUAAUCAAGAGAAUCUACUAAAAGAUUUUAAAUUGGAAGAACAAGUCUAUAUGCGUUUUAUUCCGUCAGUUAGUAUUAUAUAUUCAUACACACUUGACCACCUAAAAAGUAUAUGUAUGCUACAUUUAUUAUUCAUACAUGAAAAACGAUUGCUAAAUAAAAAUUGAAUAAAACACA